AUGCUUGGAAUUUCUGUUGCUUCGAAUGAUGGAGCUCCCGAUGUGACACACUUUGCCGUUAAGGAGGAAAUGGUGCCCUUGAAAAUCGAUGCGAACAACCACACUAAUAAUCUCCUAAUAGUGAAAAAUUUGUACAUCUCUGUGGACCCUUAUCACCUAAACCUCAUGAAGAGCCAAAAGUACAGUUCGAAUCAAAUCCUGCCCCCCAUUUUACCUGGACAGGCAAUUCCUUCGGUUGGAGUAGGAAGAGUGUUAGAUUCUGUGCAUCCGGAUUUUAAAACAGGGGAUCUUGCGUUUGGAAUGCUGAGCUGGGCACAGUAUACAAUUGUACCAAGUGGAGUUGAACCCAUGUUGCAAAAAUUGGAUGAUAAAAUGGGAUUUCCACUCCCCUAUUAUGCUGGAAUUCUAGGUUAUAGCGGCAUUACAGCGUAUGGAGGAUUUUUUAAAGUCAAAUUUCUGAAAAAGGAGCUGGGGUUCGAUGAAGUAUUCAACUACAAGGAAGAAACUAAUCUUAGUGCUGCUUUGCAA